AUGAUGCGGUGGGUCAAAUUUGAACGAGUGGAGGAGAGGCGGGCGUCAGAAGGGCGAUCCGACUGGUCCAAGAAGCAGCUAUCCGCUGAAGAGCGAGUGCAGCGAUUAGAACGGCAAGCGCUGGAGUCGUCUGCUGAGUUGGAACGAGCGGUCCAGAGAGAGAAAAUGAAUGAAGAGCACAGUCAACGCUUAAGCAGUACCGUGGAUAAGCUUUUAUCUGAGUCGAACGAUCGCCUUCAGUUACACCUGAAGGAGCGAAUGCAAGCGCUUGAUGAUAAGAAUCGCCUUACCCAGCAACUUGAGAAUACAAAGAAAAUAUAUGACCAGGCAGAGAGAACUAAGGAACGCCUGCAACGUGAUAACGAUGCUCUUCGACAGGAAAUUGAAGCACUUCGUCAACAACUUUACAAUGCGCGCACAGCCCAGUUUCACUCAAGAAUGCAUGCCAUGCUUCCACCGUCGUUGCCGUUGGUGUUCUCAAACGGUGUCAGCGCUUCGCCACCAUCGGCCAUAAUGCCACAACACUUUGCUGCGACAUCAUUCGUGAAUUCGGUGCUACCUGGCUACACAACACUUGGAGUUCGGAGGCAGUCGCACUUCAUGAAGGAAGGUUCGAGGCAUAAGUGCGAUAAUCCUGCUGUGCUGACUGUUAAAAAUUCUCAAUACUCAGGAGCGGCAUUCUUGAUCGGUGAUAACCAAUCACAGUAUUGGCUGAAAUAG